UCUCAACAUUCAAAAAAAUAAAUAAAGUUGAAUCCUUUUAUUUCUUCGCGUCGUAUCGUAGUAAGAUUAGAGAGAGAGGAAGAGCGAUUUCUCUCUAUUGGUGGUUUCUGAGGAGUUUCAGUUUCUUGGGUCUUUCUUGGAAUUUUGUUGGGGUCAAUCUUCGCAAUCAGGCACUGACGAACCAGGAGGGCAGAAAAUGGGUAGAAAUCUCGGUUCAGCAUUUAGACAAGAGUUGGCUAAUCUUGACAAAGAUCCAGAUUCCCACAAGACUGCAAUGAGCAAUUUGAGAUCGAUUGUGAAAGGUUUGGAUGCAAGGGUGAUUCAUGUCUUUGUUGCUCAACUUUCUGAAGUCAAAGAGAUUGGUUCUGAAUCUGGUGGCUACACGGUUUCUCUCUUCGAAGACCUUGCUCGUGCUCAUGGAGUCAAAAUCGCUCCUCAUGUAGAAAUUAUCAUGCCGGCGAUCAUAAGGACGCUGAGCUCUAGUGAAGGGUCUUUACCUGUUCAACAGGCUUGCGCAAAGGCGGUAGCUGCUAUGGCUAGAUAUGGAAUUGAUCCUACUACACCAGAAGAUAAGAAAAUGAUUGUGGUUCACUCUCUUUGUAAGCCACUCUCUGAUUCUCUUAUAGAUUCUCAACAUAAACAGCAUCUUGCUUUGGGAUCUGCUCUUUGCUUGAAGUCACUUGUGGAUUGCGAUAAUUGGCGAUCUGCUUCUGGUGAAGUGGUUAAUAAUGUUUGUCAAAGCCUAGCUGUUGCCCUUGAAGCCACUUCAAGUGAAGCAAACUCUCAUAUGGCACUUGUUAUGGCACUUGCCAAACACAAUCCUUUUACUGUGGAGGCAUAUGCAAGGCUUCUGGUGAAGUCGGGUCUGAGGAUUCUGGAUUUAGGUGUUGUUGAAGAAGAUUCUCAGAAACGGCUUUUAGCUAUACAGAUGCUCAACUUUCUGAUGAAGAAUUUGAACCCCAAGAGUAUCUAUUCUGAGUUUGAGCUUAUAUAUCAAGAGAUGGAGAAACACCAAAAAGAUGAGAUCCAUUAUGUCAAAAUGGCAGCUCAUGAAACCAUGAGACAAGUAGAGAGAUUAAUACGUGAGGCAGAUCCAAAGUUUGAUGCAGAGAACUGCAAGUCCCGAAUCUCACUCGGCGGAUCAAUCAAGUCUACACCAAGUCUGCGAGCAGAUGAUGGGAGUUAUCUAAACAAUCAAGACGAGGAUGAUGUUUUGUUUUCUGGUGUAGCCAGUGGAAGAACUGCUGUCUCAGGCUCUCCUCUGGUAAAUUACGGAGACAGUAACCAAGACACUGGUUAUGUAAUCGAGAGUCCAAGAAUUGGAAAUCAGAUGCAGUCUUUUGGUUUUGAAGAUGAGAACAUUGAGUCAGUUUGGUUCCAUCAGCGGGACAGAAGCUCUGAGUUUAAUGAAUCUGUGUGCUCUAGGACCAACCGCUCAAGAAGUUCAAGACGAAACACCAAGAAGAGACAAUCCGGAGAACUUUGUUCAAAACAUCACAGGCAUGGUUUCACACAAGAUCCAUUCACUGAGUUACUAGAUAACAGACAGCAGGUGCAACAACAGUACAGUGAAAGCCCAUCAUCAUCAUCCAUAUAUGAUACCUCUGGCACUACCACUCCAACCAACACAACAGAAGAUAUCUUUGAGAAACCGAAGUCAGAUCUGGAUUCUGAGGCCAAGCUUAAGACCGGGGAGACUGAAUUAGACCCACGUAUGGGUCAGAGCAAGCGUGCGUUAAAAUUGGGAUUUAGUGUCUUCCCUAUUGCAGUUGCAGGGUUUGCUUACUUCAUGUGGAUGCAUCUCCAGGAUGAUAUGAUGCCUCCUCAUCUUGUUCCGACUUAGAGUAUAUGGGAUGAAGAUAAAAAUGCUUAGAACUUAGAUAGGUUCAAAUUCUAGCUUAGUUCUCUUGUUCUUUUGUCAAUGUGUGGAUCAUGUUCGAAUACUAGUUUGUUUGAUUCCUUUUCCUGAUGGAUUUGUCACUUGUCCAAAAAGACUAUCAAAUGUAAACCUAACUCAGCUUGGUUCUCUUGUUCUUUUGUCAAUGAGUUACCUUAUGGAUAA